UGAAGAAAAACAACCAAAACAGAUGGGGAAUAACCACUUUAGUUUCAAUUGUUGUGUCGAUACUUUCAAAUGUAGCAGAAUAUUUGCGAUAUAUAUUUCAAAGUGGCAGAGCAUUCUGGAGAUUAAUAAAAAGGUCCAGGAUUGUUCAUAAAAAAUUCGGAAGUCAAAGGAAAAUUAUUUGAAUUUCAAAAUGAAAUUCAAUAUUGAAUCUACGACCUCGUACAAUAGCAUCCAUCCAGCAUAUCAGUACACAGAGCAAUUCGACCAUAAUGUGGAGACUUAUCGCGAAGGAACCAAUUGGUUUGGAAUAUUUCUGGCAUUUAUGUCCGGUACAUUUUUUACAAUAAGUUCUGGGCUCGUUAAAGCUAUCAGAAAUGUUGAUCCUAUGGUGCUUCUUGGAAUUCGGGCUAUCCUGCAGAUAGUGGUGAUGCUCGGAGUAGCUAUCAGACAUGGAAAAAAUAUUUCUGGACCCAAAGGUUCGAGAAUGUUAAUCCACUUUCAAGGAAUCGUUGGAGGAAUGACCCUUGCUCUGUUAUACUACAGUUUUCGAAUGCUGCCAUUAGGCGAUGCCACAACAAUAAUCUUCAGUUCCCCGGUCAUCGUCAUCGCCCUCUCAUUCUUAUUUCUUAAGGAACCCUGUGGGGUUCUGAGAGUCGUCGUCAUUUGCACUCUAUUUGCUGGAGUCGUUUUAGUAUCAAGGCCACCAUUCAUAUUUGACAGCCACCAACAAUCCUACGAUGUGAUGGGCUACAUAUACGCCCUCCUAGCGACCUUCUUCACAGCCCUGAAUAUCGUAGUCAUGAGAAAAUGCGCAGAGGUUCACUAUGCAGUUCUCGUAUUAAACCUGUCGGUUUGGAUCCUGCUGUCGGCUAUUUUCUUCUUCUUCGUCAUCUCCGAGGCUCACCACCGUAUCCGAGCUUUCCCCAGUGAUUGGCAGACGUGGGGAUUAAUAUGUUUAGUGGCAGCGACUGGAUUAUGUGGCCAAGUGCUUGUAACGAAAGCACUGAAAAUCGAGGGAGCUGGCAAAGUCUCAGUCACUCGAUCUCUCGACAUUAUUCUAGCGUAUAUAAUUCAGGUUUAUUUCUUCGGGGAAGUUCCUAACUCUACCAGUAUCAUCGGUGCAAUUCUCAUUCUCAUGUCCAUAAUGGCAAUGGGUUUCGAGAAGGAAAUCUAUGGAGUCUGUGAUUUCAUACCUUAGUGCAGGAGAUGUUAGCAAAUUAUUGUACCUCUCAGCUAUUGUUUCGAGAGAAAGUACAGAAAUUUCAGUGGAGAAUUUCCCUGGCUAUUAAAUAAAGGACAUUUCUGUCCCUGUUAAAUAUUUUCACCAAGUACCCCCCAUUGAUGAGAAAGUUCUCUCUGAUCAGAAUAUCAAGACAAAGUUCUUCCUAAAUCCGAUUACACUUAAUGAUGCUGAGAAACUAAUUAUCAUAAUACGACACAGCUCAAAUAUAUAUCCAGUAAUUAAUUAUUUAUUCAAAGAAAAAUACAACUACGAUUAACAGUAAAUUGCGUCACCAUACCAUAUCCAAUAAAAUAUGUACAAUUUACGCCUCCUUUCCUCUCAAACUCCUUUAUUCAAUGUUUAACUAUGCCUCUGUAAAUCAUUACUAAUCAAUAUUUUUGAUCCAAAUCUUGACAAAAUUUAGUAUCCACUCUUGUUACAUCAAUUUGUUACUUAGAGGGGUAACAAAAGUGUACUUGAUUUAAAUAAUCUAAUUACGCUAAUUUGCCAUCAGAAUACAGCGUUAUAUUUCUUACUUUAAUAUAUUUAUUUUGUAAUUUUUACCUUGACUUAAAUUUAAAAUUAUAUUUGUUUUUCCAUUAGUUUAACUUUAAUUUCUCUUACAUGUUAGAUGGAUUUUAAAUCGAUAUUUGUGAAUUAAAAUUCUACCAUGCAUUACAAUUGUUCCUUUGUAUUUUUACACUAAAUUAUUCUGUCUAAUUUCUAUUAUAUGUAUUCUUAAAAUUAUGAUAAAGCACAGAUAAUUACAGAUUCAUGAUUUUUAUUUCAUUCGAAUUGAAUCAUGAAAAGGUAGCAAAUGAUGUAAUGUGUAUAUUUCUCUGUGGUGCCUUAGGUUAAUUAAAAUUUCUUGACACUUUUACAAAAACAAAUUCUCCUCAGCUUUUUAUUUUUUAUUUUCUCUGCUCAAAAGUCAAAUGAAGGCUCUAUGUAAUUUUUCAUGUUUGUAAAUUUUAUUUACAUUUUUUUCAUCGUCAAAUUUACAGUUUUACAAAUUGUAUAAAAUUUUCUCACAUUUUUUUAUACUUUUUACGGGAAUGUCCGGAGUUUUUGUUUCUAAUUUUUGUUUUUUACAUAUUUCAGAAGUUAAAGUGGAUAAAGGGAAGAGGACAUGAUUGUACGCAAAAAGAUUAAUGAAACGAGGAAAAUCAAGAGGUCUUCACCUUUUUGAAGUGAAUCAAUUCAUAGAGCAAAGUGCACAACUUCUCAAUGUAUCAGCAGCAAAUUAAAUAAAAAAAAUGAAAA